AUGACGAAGCUCGUGCUAUCUACGGGCAACGUCAUGUCCGCGGGCCCGGCCUUCAUCCGCAAGCGCGGCAGCGGGAGCCGAUCCAACCACGAGCUCCUGCACUCUCUGCGCGACAACUUCGCAGCCGCGCAGAUCGACUACGCCCCCCCGGCGACCAACGGCAACGGCGACGGGAACGGCACCGCCACGCCGGUGACGGCGUGGACGGAGCAGACGGGCGACAGCCUCUUCAUACCGCGCGUGGACUGGCGCGGAGCCGGACUCCGCGACGAGGCGGGCCAGUACGAAAUCACCGUCAAGCUCUUCCUCCUCCCCGGCACGGACGCAUCCCAGCGCGAGACGCUCAUCGGGGAAGCCCUGGACCUCGUGCGUCGGGAGCUGGGCAUCUCGACGAUCGACCUGCUGGUCGUCUCGUUCCCAGGCAUGUCCUUCGAGGGCGACUGCGAGUGGGAGGCCGAUGAGCGCAACGCGCAGCAGGGAAACCUGGACGACGAGGUCGCGACGUGGCGCAUCCUCGAGGGGCUGCACGCGCGUGGCCUGGUCAGGAGGCUCGGCGUCUCCGAGUUCGGCAGCCAGAAGCUCACCGACUUCAUAGCCCGCACAGACGUCCGACCCGCCGUCGACCAGGUCAACCUGACCAACUGCUGCAACGUGCCGCCCCCGCUGAAGAAGCUCGCGGAGGACAAGGGGAUCGAGCUCAAUGUCCACUCCGACUGCACCGAUAUCCUGCCUCGCGGGACGCUGCGAGAGCUCUUGGGGCCGACGUCCGCCGGAGGCGCCGGAGUCCUGGCCGACCAGGCCGAUGCCUCCAGCCCCGGGCUGCACGGCGACGUCGUGCCCAGGUGGGUGGUUAGGUAUCUGGCCUUUGUGCGCGACAGGGGUGUCAUCGAGAACAAGGGAUACUUUGCCGGAGCAGAGCUCAGGGACUGA